UGGGCCGCGUGAAAGGGCGGGUGGAUUCGAUCUUGAUACUGAAAGGGGGACGUGCAAAAUGUCUUACGGGUCACGGGUCCAAACGAAGACGACCAGAAGACUGGGUACCAGCAAUUUUUGGCUGCCGUCGUUAAUGGCGGUGAGUGCCUCGUAGCACUGAAGUGGGCGAUAUCAUGAAACUGUGUGGUUUUUCGUGACUGCUACAUUAGCUACACUGGAGAAAUGCUACGUAAUACCCAAUUUGAUUAUUUUUCGUAAAUGUAGCAUUUUUUAAAUUAAUCAUUUGUUCAAAGAUAGGUGAAUUUGAACAUUUGUUUAGCGGCCUAAUCAUAAUUCAACAACUGGGCUCGCAUGUCACUGCAAUUCGAGCUGCACAUGUGCUAAGUUUUUAAACAGGAAGCUUCUAAUUUGUUAAGAGUAUUUGCGACAAAAUGUUUCGGAACAUAUUUGGAGGGAAUUCAGGCAGUGGACGUGGCAACGAUUUUGUUGGGCAGUACGUCGAACUGGGACAACACAAAUUGAGGAUUAAACGUGUCCUUGGAGAAGGUGGAUAUGGUUUUGUAUUUGCCGCACAGGACACUUCCUCUGGGAAGGAAUAUGCUUUGAAGCGACUAAUGGCACCAGAUGACACAAUAAAACAGGAGAUAAUGCAGGAAGUCAGUUAUCUUAAAAAACUCAAAGGACAUAAAAACAUCAUAAAGUUUGUAGCAGUUGCAUCUUCUGGAAAUGAUCAAAUGUCUCAUGGAAUGACAGAAUUCCUAAUCCUCACCGAACUAUGUUCAGGUGGCCAAUUGAUCAACUUACUUUUGGAAAGACAUCCUACACCAUUAGCACUUCCAGAACUGUUGAAAGUGUUUGCUCAAACAUGUAUGGCUGUUGCCCACAUGCACAAGCAACCUCAACCAAUAAUUCAUAGAGAUCUAAAGAUUGAAAACCUCCUGUUCAGUGCCAGAGGGAUGAUGAAGCUAUGUGACUUUGGAAGCUCGACAACAGAUAUGCUAUACCCAGACUCAAGCUGGACUGCAUUGCAAAGAAACCUGGCUGAAGAUGAGAUUCAGAAGAAUACGACUCCAAUGUACAGGGCCCCUGAAAUGGUAGACCUUUACAGUAAUCAUCCAAUCACAACGAAGGCUGAUGUUUGGGCCUUGGGCUGUAUUUUGUAUUACCUUUGCUAUAUGGAGCAUCCCUUUGCUGACUCUGCCAAACUGAAAAUUCUUAAUGCCAAAUAUACUAUCCCAGAAGACCCCAGAAAAGUCUCAGAUCUCCAGCCACUUAUCGAUAUGAUGUUACAAACCAAUCCAGAGGAAAGACCAUCCGUUGAUGACAUCAUUUUUCAACUAGAGUCAGUUGCUGAAUCACUUGGAAUCAAUUUAAAUUCACCUGUUUUGGUAAGUUCUCUCAGAUCCUGUAAGGAGAGGUGCUUGAUUGAGCAAAAGGUCCUCAACACCCCCCUCAAAAACUCUGUGACGUUUGACAAAAAUGUUAAAAUUAUCUCUGUAACAUAGUGAUGAACUGUAUUUCUUGUUCUGUUUUUUUGUAACCACAGAGUAAUUCCUAAAAACCCAAUAGACCAAUAUACAGCUUAAAAAGUUCUCAUUUUAAAAUUUCUUGCAAAAUACAAAAUUCAUGAAGGAGCUUGCCAAGUGCCCAAAUGAAACAAGAGGCUAGCAACCAACUACAUGCUCAACCACGUGCACAGUUGAUGGCAUGUUUUUUCUGGCUGUUUGGGUUGUAGAAAUCAUUGUCAGCACCCUUCGUCAAUUUUUAUAACUGCCCAGCACUGACCAAUAUUCUAUAACUCAAGAGGAAGUUCUUUAUUGGAAGUAGAGUCUAGAAUUGCAGUGUUUAUUUCAAUCAAGUUUUUUACCAAAACCUGAUAGUUGUAAACAAUUUAACUUCUUCUCAAAUUUGAAAUUUCUGAUAGUUAUCCAAAGUUCUAUAUUUUUUCAAAGUAU